AUGUCCGGUGCUGUGGGCCGAGAGCCAGUCUUCCCAACUCGCCAAUCAUUGGGGUUGAUGAAGAGCAAGCUGAAGGGAGCCGAGAUUGGACACAGCUUAUUGAAACGAAAGAGUGAAGCAUUGACCAAACGUUUCCGAGAUAUCACACGUCGCAUCGAUGAGGCCAAGCAAAAGAUGGGUCGGGUUAUGCAAAUUGCUGCCUUUUCCCUCGCUGAGGUGAGCUAUGCAGUUGGCGGCGAUAUCGGAUAUCAGGUUCAGGAGUCCGCCAAACAAGCUCGCUUCCGAGUGCGCGCAAAACACGAGAACGUCUCCGGUGUCUUGCUUCCCCAAUUCGAGAGUUACACAAAGGAGGGUAUCAAUGACUUCGCUUUGACGGGUCUUGGUAAGGGUGGUCAACAGAUCCAGCGCUGCCGGGAGACCUAUGCGCGGGCUGUGGAGACGUUGGUGGAGCUGGCUAGUCUACAGACUGCCUUCUUGAUUCUGGAUGAGGUUAUCAAGGUUGUCAACCGAAGAGUAAACGCCAUUGAGCAUGUCAUUAUUCCUAGAACUGAGAACACCAUAAAAUACAUCAACUCCGAGCUCGACGAACUGGACCGAGAGGAAUUCUAUCGCCUCAAGAAGGUCUCCAACAAGAAGCAGCGCGACGUUGCGGCUGCCGACGCCGAGAUGCUAGCUGCCAGGCAAAAGGAAGCUGAGAGGAAAGCACAGAACGGGACUCCAGCCCAGGAGGCCGAGGAGGUUAAGGAGGUGGAAGAAGCCGAGACUACGGAUGUUCUAGGUGAACAAGAAGACAACGACGUGAUUUUCUAG